AUGUCUUCCACCGAGCCCGACAACACACAUACCGACAGCGACGACGGUACAGAUACCACAGCCCUUCCAUUCUUCGGUCCGCCGACAUUCAACGAGAUUCGCGAUCAGCUCAAAGCACAACUUUCAAAAAAAGGAAAGGAUCAUCUCGUCUUCGUUACCGAUUCCGCCAAACUCGAACAAGACUGCCAAGCUGCGCUCGCGAUCAACGCCGACCCCUCCACUCUCCGUCAUCAUGAGGAACUCAAGCAAGCGCACCGGGAUCUUCACCAGCGAUUCCUCAGAGAGUGGAUCGAGCUUUUGGAACAAAGUUGCGACAUGGACAGAGAGGCGACAGCUCGUGUAGCGGAGGAGAAAGCUGGUCUAGUGGAGGAGAUACAGAAAGAGAAGGCUGUAAAGAAGGAGUGGAUGGCAACAACAGAGGCAGCAAAGAAGAGGAAGGAGGAGAGAGCGAGAGUCAAGGAAGAAAAGGCAAGAGCCAAGGAGGAAAGGAAGAAAGCACGGCGCGAGGAGAUAGCGAUGAUUGAGGAGCAAACAGCGAGAUAUUUGGAGCAGGCGAAAGAGGCAAAGAAGAAAACAGCAGUGUUUAAACGGGCGAAAGCUGUUCUGAGGGUUGAGUCGGAGGCCCAGAAGAUCGAGCGCGAUGUUCUAGAAGCCAGGGAAGCUAAGCAAAACGCGGAAAUUAGGAGGAUCAAGGCGGAAACAAGGAUGAUCAAGAAUGAGCUCUUGGAGAUCUACUUGUACAGGUGGAUUGAAGACCUUGACUAG